AUGACUCAACUCAACGGCCAAAACCGGGCUCCGAACACCUACAGCAAUGGACACGGCAAGUUUUUCCAGGACUUUGGUGUGUGGAAAGAGGCUCCUCUGCUUAAGGGCACUACGAAGUUUGAGCCUCUGCCCGACGUCAAGAAUAUCAUGAUUACCGGCGGCGCCGGCUUCAUCGCAUGCUGGCUGGUCCGCCACCUCACUCUUACUUACCCUGACCACUACAACAUCUACUCUUUCGACAAACUUGACUACUGCUCGUCCUUGAACAACACCCGUGUCCUCAACGAGAAGUCGAACUUCACCUUUGUCCACGGCGACAUCACCAACCCUACAGAAGUUGUCAACUGCCUGAAGCGGUACAACAUCGACACCGUCUUCCACUUUGCUGCCCAAUCGCACGUCGAUCUGAGCUUCGGCAACUCGUACGGAUUUACACACACCAACGUCUACGGCACCCACGUGCUGCUCGAGAGCGCCAAGAGCGUCAACAUCAAGCGCUUUAUCCAUAUCUCCACUGACGAGGUUUACGGUGAGGUCAACGACGACGAUGACGACCUCCUUGAGACUAGCAUCCUUGCUCCCACCAAUCCCUAUGCGGCCAGCAAGGCGGCGGCUGAGAUGCUUGUCCAGUCUUACCAGAAGAGCUUCAAGCUCCCCGUCAUCAUUGUGCGCAGUAACAACGUGUACGGCCCGCACCAGUUCCCCGAGAAAAUCAUUCCCAAGUUCACCUGCUUGCUGAACAGAGGCCAACCCGUUGUCCUGCAUGGCGACGGAAGUCCCACCCGGCGCUAUUUGUUCGCAGGUGAUGCGGCUGACGCCUUCGACACCAUCUUGCACAAGGGCCAGAUGGGCCAGAUUUACAACGUUGGAUCCUACGACGAAAUCUCCAACAUCGACCUCUGUAGCCAUCUUCUCAAGCAGAUGAACAUUCCUUUCUCCACGACGGACGAGUUCAAGAAGUGGGUCAAGUACACCCACGAUCGACCGUUCAACGACCACCGUUAUGCCGUCGAUGGCACCAAGCUCCGUCAGCUCGGAUGGGACCAGAAGACAAGCUUCGCCGACGGUUUGCGCAUCACGGUCGAGUGGUACCGUCAGUUCGGCGAGGAAUGGUGGGGCGACAUCACGUCGGUUCUCACGCCUUUCCCUGUCGUGCAGGGUCUGGACGUAUCUGCGGACCAGGAGCCCAUUGCUGACUCCCCCCCCACCCCGGAGUCGAAAAAGAGGAAGGUGAUUGAAGGUGCCAAUGGUUCCAAGAGCACCACUAACGGCUCCAACGGCCUUGCCGUCAGAGCAUAG